AAACACACUAUCCUUCCCUUCCCUUCCCAUUCUUUCCUAUCUUCACUCCAGUCUUACUCUCUAUCUCGAUGCCUUGACUCGGUCUCUCACUCCGUUCUGAUCCAUGGCCGAGUCGACUCACAAAAGGCAUAGUUCAACCUAUCAGUGUCGCCGCGGGCGAUCUUCGUGGUGCUGUUCCUUUGCUGUACCACCCAGUUUCCAGAAGAACAAGAAACCCGACUACUCGGUCUCUAAGCUUGGUCCCCGCUCAUUCCCCAACUCACCCAAGCCCGGGUUAAAUUUCGUGGGUCGGAUAGACCCGAGAAGAAUCCUCUCCCCAGGCCGCGUCUCGCCUAUUGACUCGGAUCCUACUGGCGACACGACCCGAGACAUCAUACCCGACCCGUCGCCGCCGGUGGACUUGAACUCGAAAUCGAGAUCUGAGUCUUUCCGGGGGAGGAAUGAGAGGAGGUCGUUUUCGGAUUCUGGAUCGGGUUCCGGGUUGGAUUCGGGUCGGGGCGUGUUUGACGUGAGGCUGAAAUUGAGAGGGAAGAAUGGUGGGGGUUUGGUGUUGGAGCUGAAUUCGGAAGUCUUGAUUGCAAAUUCAGAAGUUUUUGCGGGGUUGAUAUGCGAAUAUCGGAAAAACCUGGGGUCGAAAUGUGACGGUGAUGGUGGUGGUAAUUUGUCAAGAAAAAUGUGUAGAAUAGAAGUGCCUGAUGUGGAGAAUUUGGGAAUUUUUAGGGAGACAAUUGAGUUGAUGUUUGAAGAGGAUAUUGCUAAAAGGUUAUUGAAGGUUGGGGCUUAUAGAGCCAUAGAUAUACUUGAGGUAUCAGCUGGCAUCAUGUUUACUAAAGGUGUUUUAUCCUGCCUGAAAUACCUUGAGGCUAUCCCUUGGACGGAGGAAGAAGAGGACAGACUUAGGAAUCUAUUUGCAGUGUUUAAAUUUGAUGAGACAACAACUCAAGACAUUUUGGCUAGACUCCACUUGCUUAGCUCAGAAGAUUCUAAACAAAAUCUAGCUAGACAGCUAGUUUGGUCUAUUACUGCUUGUGCUGAUGCCAAUGCAAGAAAUGAAUUGAAGUCAUUAGUUAAGGGUCUCCUUUGCAAAAGUUCAGUGUACGAGAAGGAUCAACACGAUCCCAACAAGGAAGAUCUUUAUGAUGUUUGUCAGUCCUGUCUAGGUUCAUUAGUCAACCUCAUGGAGGAAGCCUCUGGUAUCAUAUCCCCUGGGAAAGUGGUGAAAAAAGAAACAAGUAAGCCUUUGAUUGGACGCAUCUCCAGACAGGUUGACAACAUCAAUUGGCUACUGGAAAUUCUCUUUGAUCAACAGAUUGGUGAGGAAUUUGUGGAUAUGUGGGCACAUCAAGGAGAGUUGCUUAGCAUGCAUGGGAGUGUAUCUCCGAUGGUUAGAUAUGAGCUCAGCCGGGUUUCUGCAAUUUUAUUUAUUGCAAUGGGAACCAGAAAAUUGCAUUGCCGCUCAGAAGCAAGAGCAGCGCUUCUCCAGGCAUGGUUUGGGCCAAUGCUUUUGGACUUCGGUUGGUUACAGAGAUGUAAAAAGGGACUGGACAUGAAAGCAUUAGAAGAAGCCAUGGGUCAGACACUCCUUACACUUCCUUUGAAGCAGCAGGAUGUGCUGUUCACUGAAUGGUUUAGGUAUUUCUCCAAGCAUGGCACCGAAUGUCCCAAUCUUUGCAAAGCCUUCCAGAUUUGGUGGCGUCGAUCAUUUCCGAGAGGCUCAGAAACUCAUGCAAUUGAAUCCAGUUACAUUUUCAGCAGGUGCUCGUGAUAGAAGCCACAAUCUAGCUGGGUUGUUGAAGAAGAAGAUGAAUGCACUGCAGCAUCUUUAGGAAGGGCUCCAGGAACUAGUCCUGCAUACAAAAACUCAAUAUGAAAGAGAGAUGUUAAUUCCUUUUAUAUUAUUCUGCUCAAAAAAUAGCAACGAUGCCAAAUGGGCUGGUUUGCGUCUUUUUUUUUUUUUUGAGCUUUUCCAACUAUAAGAGUAUAUGAGGUUAGUUUGCAUGUCAAAAAUAGUCCUUCAUCUUUAUAAACGACUGUCAAUUUAAACCUUAUAAUGAUAAUAUAACUAUCCUGUCUCUA